UUCUUGCUCAAUAUUUGUUGAGGGUGGGAGGAGCAAUACAAUUUCCCCAGCUGUUCCUCUGCUCUCCUAUAGGAUUAGCCUUUGAGUAGUCAAAGAAACUUUUUUAGAAACUUUUUCUUCCUUCCUUUCUGUGUUUCCUCUGUCAGCUAAACACCAUCAAGCAACCAGAGACUUGACAGUCAAUCCGGUAGGGGAAUAGGCAACAGCUGAAAGCCUAGAAGGCAAAAAUCACCUCGGGACGACCCGGAGCUCCAGGGCAGGUGACACAUUGAAGGUUUCCUUGGCUCUGGUUUGAUAGUUUCAUCCCCGCCCACUGGCAAGAGAGCUAUCCCAGCGCCGCUGCACAGGCGCGCGGAGGGGGACCAUAUAAGCGGUAGUGGAGCAGAGAAGCGGAGCUCGCCCACCACCCGCGGAGAAGCGAUCCACCAUGCACGUGAACGGCAAAGUGGCUCUGGUGACCGGUGCAGCGCAGGGCAUAGGCAGGGCCUUCGCUGAGGCUCUGUUGCACCAUGGCGCCAAGGUAGCGUUGGUGGACUGGAAUCUCGAGGCAGGUGUAAAGUGUAAAGCUGCCCUGGAUGAGCAGUUCGAACCUCAGAAGACGCUGUUCGUGCAGUGCGAUGUGGCUGACCAGGAACAACUGAAAGAUACUUUUAGAAAAGUCGUAGACCAUUUUGGAAGAUUGGAUAUUUUGGUCAACAAUGCAGGAGUGAACAAUGAGAAAAACUGGGAACAGACGCUGCAAAUUAAUUUGGUUUCUGUUAUCGGUGGAACCUACCUUGGUUUGGAUUACAUGAGUAAGCAAAAUGGAGGUGAAGGUGGCGUCAUCAUCAAUAUGUCUUCAUUAGCAGGACUUAUGCCUGUUGCACAACAACCUGUUUAUUGUGCUUCAAAGCACGGCAUAAUCGGAUUCACGCGCUCAGCAGCGAUGACUGCUAACCUUAAGAAGAGUGGAGUACGACUAAAUGCCAUUUGCCCAGGCUUUGUCAACACACCCAUCCUUGAGUCCAUUGAGAAAGAAGAAAAUAUGGGCCAAUAUUUAGAAUAUAAGGAUCAGAUCAAGGCUAUGAUGAAAUUUUAUGGAAUCUUGGACCCCUCAAUCAUUGCCAAUGGAUUACUAACUCUCAUUGAAGAUGAUACUUUCAACGGUGCCAUUAUGAAGAUCACAGCGUCUAAAGGAAUUCAUUUUCAAGAUUAUGACAUCACACCGACGACUGUAAAAGCUCCAUGAACGUCUUAAGCAUCAGCUAUGCUGAAACUAAGCACACGUGGCUCACUCAGACUGCAUCUUUAUUCAUAUAGCUUUUGAAAUGAAAUGCUGUAGUACGGAGGUGAUAUCAGCCUCAUAUUAGCAAUAGCCUGAUUCUGCACAAAAACUAACUCAUGAGAACUUCAACAAAUUACCUGCACGCAUCUGAUGUCAAUAUUUUUCUUAAAUGAUUUGUUCGAAGUAUAGAUAAAGAUGUACGAUAAGCUAGCCAAAAAAAUGCAGUGCAAGCCAAAACCAGGUUAUAACCUACAUCCUCUAAGGACAAAACAAAGGAUAUUCAAGAGAUAUUCUGCCUUUCAGAAAAUGUAUUUAUCACCGUGACUCAUAAAUAUUAAUGGUUUUCAGAAAGGAGAUACUUGAAUUGUUAUUUAAGUCAAAACACAUCUUAAAUGAGUCACUAUAUACAUUUGCACUUCAAAAGGGAGGAGCUACUUUGCAAUAGAAAUAUUUAGUAAUAACAGCUUGUGCAUGAUCUGCAAGCUGAGCAUGUCAACUCUGAAGAUCUGGUGUUGGGGGUUCCAGUAGUUAGGAAAUGAGUCCCCGUGUGACCAUGUCCCAAUAAUACAUCUGAUGUAUGGGAAAAUGAUACUUGUACUAUCAGUGAAGACUCACACUUCAGUUUCAAACCAGGGAAGAUGGUUUUGCUUUCCUUCCUAAUUUUAUAAUUCAAUGGAUUCCAAAGACCUCAGGAAUGAAACUUUUAAUAGUUGUAACAAAAAGGAAGAAACUAUAAAAUUUUAUAUGUACUAUAUAUGCUUAUUAAUAAAUGAUUCAGAUCUAUUUUCCUGAUUAUUUCUUUGUUGGUUUGUACUAAUUACAAAAGUGCCUAUCUGUAAAUAAAACUCUUUUAUUCAAACUCACAUAAA